AUGGAUUACUUGAAUAUCAUAAACAUUCAGGGUUUAACAGAUUUGUUACAUAUAGACGUUGUAUCAUGGAUUGAAAAGACCGUAGCCAGCGGGCAGCGGCGGGCGGAACGACCGAGGGGCGGCGCGGGCUGGGCGGCGGGUGCGGGGGUCCGUGCUUCCUCGUGGUGCAGGGCUGGGGUUCGCCGGAGACGCCGGGUUGCUCCGCGUUGCCAGGUUACCGAGCGCGUGCCCCGCGCCCGCUCUUCCGCCCGGGCCGCCCUCGCCUGGGUAGGGCGCUGCGUGCGGGACUCUCGUCGCUCGUGGACGGGGCGCGAGCGCGCGGGGGACGUAGGGCCCCGACCUGGGGCUCCCCGGCGCUCCGGCUCCGCUCAGGGCGCCCGCUCAGGGGCCUCCGGCGCGAGGCCCCCUUUCUGGUCAAGAUGGCGGCGCCCAGGCGGGCCGCGCCGAGGUGAGCUGGAGCUGGGCCCGGAGAGCGACGAGUCUGCCACGCCCAGGACUUGGACCCCGGGCUGGUCUCCAGUCUCCCGGGGAGCGGCGGGUGGGGAAAAUGUACCAGCGUGUAUGCCUACUGGGACCACGUUUUCCAGAACAGUUAAGCCCAGUGUCAACUAUGCUGUCCCACCUUCCUCGAGAAUCUUGGUACCAGGACCACACAAUGAAGAACUUGGAGCCCCCGUGGCUAAUCCAGCAGAGAGAAAAGGAGGAACAGAGAUGCGAGAGAAAAUAAAGGGAACUCUUGGUGCAAUUUGGUGCUGCUGUAGGCCCAAGUCCAGAACUGAUUUUUCAAAAAUCACUGGAUUUAUUGAAAGACAUGUAAUACUGUGGACUGGUAUUCUUUUUAAGACCUACUCUAAUACACUUAUUUAUAUAUUUUGUAAAAGGAAUAGAAAUGCAGUGAAAUUCAGAUCACAGAGAAUCAUAAAGAAAUUUGCUUUUGGAAAAAUCAGUUCUGUGUAAUUAGCAGUGAUUUCCAGAAACAUUUCUUCUUCUAUCACUGAUGUGAAGGAAAAUGCAG